CCCUCUUUGGAAAUUUACAUUUUCUGAUUCAGCAUUAUGCAAGGACGUUUUUCUGGAAAUAGAAACAUCAGCACUUGCCAAAGAAUGUUAAUUUCAGUUUUUAGAGGUCAUUAGGGAAAUAUUAAGUGCCAGCGCUAGUUAAACACUUCACAGAUCAGCUAUCGGAUGUUUACAUCACGGACUAAUUUAGUCGUGCAUGUCCGUAAUGUUGGCCUAGAUUGUGAUUAAUAUCGUUCACUUUCUUGAUAACAAGGAUAUUUGCUCACUUUAUUACUGAGAGAAACUAUGGAAGAGGAAGGAGGAAGAGCUGACAUGGAUUUGACUUCGAAGAUUGCCGAGCGUUCAGAGCAGGAUCUGCUGCCUUUGAAGGAAGACCUAGCGGAAUGGCUAUCGAGAGUUCUGCAAGAAAAAAUUACCGCCGAAAAUUUAUUAGAUUGUUUAGAUAACGGUGUCCUGGUUUGUAAACUUGCUCAGAUCGUACAGUCAGCUGCUCAAGACUGCAUAAAAGCUGGAAAAUCAGUGAAAUCACUUGCCCCGUUCUCUAACAAGUUUCACCAAAACGCUAAAGCGGGCACAUUUUUUGCUCGGGACAAUGCGGCUCAUUUCUUGCAGUGGUGUCGACAGAUCGAGAUUGAAGAUUCAGUUCUCUUUGAAUCGGAUGGGCUGGUUCUUCAAAAGCAACCAAGAGAAGUGAUAUUGUGUCUACUAGCAAUUGCCAGAGUGGGUGCAAACUAUGGAAUAGAACCUCCAAAACUUGUCAAGCUAGAAAAAGAAAUUGACGAUGAGAUUGCCGCGGAGGAGGAGAAGAAGCCGGAAUUAAAACCAAUCAGAAAGGAAAAAAAAGUGUCGAAAGCAGCAAGCAUUGACGCUGAGGUAAGCAGUCGAUAUUUUACUUUGAAAAUAUCACUCAAUCGAUGGGUGUGUAGUUUCAUUCCUGACAUUGCUAUAUCAAGGUUAAUUGCACCUGCAAGUUUUUAAAGUUCACGACUUAUUAUUGUUUACAUCAAUUAAUUAUGAAAGACCACUCGCCGUUUCUCGGCCGACGGCCUACUGUUUACAAUUUUGUGUUGUUCAUUUCAAUGAUAAAGCGAUGAAAUUGUCAUUGAGAUGAAUAUUAUUGUCACUCAUAUGAGGGAAUUUAUAUAUACAUGCCCACGCGAAUUACGUAAAAUUGUAUUAAUGGUCCUUCCGGCUGUUUCAAUGCCUGCGUAUAGACAAUUUCAGUUACUUACGCGACAGAAACCGACGAAGGUUAUUGAGCGUGCAUUUAUCACAUAAGAUCAUUUAUUGCUGAUAAAAGAAUGGUAUUCUGCAAGGACUAAUGCUGUCUACACAGUUAUUAAAUGUAAUAGAUCAUUCGCACUGAAAAUAAUAUCAGUCAACUUUUGUUGAGCAAAUACAGUUGUUGCUUCACGUAUGAUCUAGGGAUCAUUACAUGAAAGCUUUCAGUUUUAGGAAACUGAACAGUUAUCAACUUAAACUUCAUUUCUUUAUGGCAAAAGAAGAGAGAAAAAAACUUUAAUUAUAUGUAAUUUUCUGUGGUAGCUAUGUGUUUUGGUGACCACAUUUUACUAUACCACAUAUCUUGUUUUCCCACUGAUGUUACUUGGCAAGGCAUCAAAUAUUACUAACACAGCAGCACAGUUUUUGUAAAAAUAUAGAUCCCAGCCAGGGUUGUGACUCAUUAUUAAAUCAACUACAGGCCCUGAAAUAUAUUGGAAUAUAAACACAACUCCUGUUUUUUCUCAAAUAAUGUUGGCUUUCAAGCCUCUGUAAUGUAUGCCCAAUGAAAUUCAACCAAACUUGACAUGAUUUUCAAUUGCAGUUUAAAUGGUUAUUUAAGGCUCUGCUGCUGUUUCCAUAACUUUUGACUUGAAAUUGUAUUUUAAGGAGUAGAGAAGGAAAAUUAAUGAUAAUAAGUAUUUCUUUUAGGAUAUAGUAACCCUAAUUGUUCCAAUGAAGAAAAUAUUGGGUUAGACUUACUUCUGUGAAUUUUUACUAUGUGGAGAUAAAUGAUUAAAGAAUUGCAUUCUGACUUUCAUGAAAUGCAGGUGUAAUGAAGGUUCAUAUUCAUUUGAUUCUAUGGGGUGUAUGCUUUGGUAAAAAUGGCUAUUUCUCAAAUGUGCAACUAACUGCCAACUCCACAUUAGUUUGCUUUGACAACUAUGGUAUAUGUAUUGGAGACACUUGGCUACUUUGUAAUCCUUUUAUCCUUGAAUUUAAAUUUUGACAGUUAAUAUUGAUGUGAUUUUAUGUUGUAAUGUAAGUAGCACUUGAUGUAAGUGGAAGAAUAUUUGUAUCUAGAAGAAUUCUUCCUAACUCAAUCUUCUACUUAUUCAAUCUUGUUAAUCACUCAAACUUAUAUUAGUUCAUUUCCUUUUCAAAACAUCAUGGAAUACUAUAAUCUCCCUCUCUUCUCCAGUUAUCUAGCCUUUUGGUUGUUAUUGUUUUCUACAUUCUUUGAAUGGCUGAGUAUUAUGAUUGCAUGCAUGUGCCAGAUUACAUGUAAAGUGUUCCUUUGACAGGUUGCAAGACUAGCUGCGAAGUAUAAUGUGAGAAUUGAAAAAAUUAAAGAAGGGAGAUAUGUGGUGGAUGGAAAAAUCAACAUCUUUGUCAGGGUAAUGACAUGCUGUGUAAUUUAGUUCUAUACACAGUGACUGGUAGUGUAAACUAUUCAUUUUUGCAUGUAAUAUGAGAAGCUAAGGUCAACUCAAAUGUGCUUGUGUGUUGGCCUUAAGAAGCUGGUACUGCUGGAGGUUUUCAUGCCAGAAAUAAUUUGGGCCAAGUUUUUCAAAACUAGGUUAACCAUAGGGUUUACUGUAAAAUCUGACCUCAGAUCUGAAAGCUUUAAAAGAAUAUUCAGUAUUAUUGUUUUUGUCUACAAUUUGCUGCCUGGAUGUUCUAAAAAAGAAUUGAAGAAAAUUAUCUGAAGAAAGCCUUUGAAGAGAGUCUAGAUUGUUUGUGAAUACUAGGAGUGAAACUGGGCAGACACAGUCAUGCAUGAGCAUCAAUGCAAUCAGUGCUUUAUCACUGUAGGGAAAGACUGAGUCUGAAACAAUAUUUAUACAUGUAGUUGCCAAUUGAUAAUUGCAAUUGGUAAAGAGACUUUUAUUGUACAAGAUAAUAUGAUCAAAAUCUUAGAUCUGCACACUGUUUGAAUGAAUUUUUAAUGUAACCUUGUUUUCUUGUGACUUAAGAUUUUAAGGAACCAUGUUAUGGUGAGAGUUGGAGGUGGAUGGGACACAUUGGAACACUUUAUCAGUCGCCAUGAUCCCAAUAAGAUAGGAAGAAUUUUGACAUGUAAGUUACUUUCAUUACAGUACAAGAUCAGUACUUUGGGUAUAUAUUCUCUCUCUGACUGAUUUUGUGGUGGCUAGUGUAUUCCUGGCUGGUAAUUGAUUCAUGUAAGGCUUAUAAAUUAUUGUGACUUUCUCAUCUUUGAAUUUUUCAGAUAAGGGCAUAAAUAAGGGGCAUAGAUCUGAGACUGUCAAAUGAUUCAGACCACUAAGACACCCUUUGGAGUUGUAGUUCUUAAUAAAUUUCAGCUGAUGACUGCUCAAAACAUUCGGCAAUAAACAGAAAAUGUGUCCAACAUGGCAUAAUGGAGAAGAAAUUUCACUAAAUUGCCAUAUCAUUUUGUCUUCCUAGCAACACCUCAGGCCUGUUCCCAUCAUCAUCAUCACAGUCAAAUACCUGGAAUGCCAUGCUCUGCUUCAACAUAAAAGCUUUGUAUUUGGACCCAGUUAGAUCCUUCAAUUAAAGAAACUUCUAAUAUUUUUUAAUAAUUUUAAAAUAUGAAUUCUAAUUUUUAUAGUAUUAUGUGUGUACUACAUACAUUGGAUGCCUUUUAAAUUUGGUAUUUGCCAGUGACCUAAGUAUGGCAUGAACCUCUUCAAGGUCAAUGCGGCACAAACUUUUUCUUUAUGUAGAGUCAUAAAAUGUGCAAGCUGUGCCAAGGCUGUGAAUAGGGCAAUUUUUUUGUGCAUGUGCGCAGUUAAACAAAAUUUAAGCAGGAAUAAGGUACUAACAUGUAUGUAUGCUAUGUUUCAUGGGAUAUGGGUAAACUAUAUCUCACAAAACUUUGUAUUUAGUUGCAAGAAAAGAUGUUGAUAGCUUGGCAGGUUAACCAAGAGAAGAAUAAUUUUUUAAAACAAAUUGACUUUUCCAAAAGCUUAAAGGGAGUUUUUUUUAAAUGAAGACAAUUGCUUUUGGGGUUUCAUUAGCAAAUUUGAAUACACAAUUGAGAAUCAGGAAUGACAUACUGGUAUCAUUGGUGAUAAGUUAAGAUUAAGCAUUGUGAGCCAGUUAUGCUAUGGCUGAUAUUUAAAUUAAUGCAACUCAAGAAUUGUAAGUUGCAAUUUCAAGAUAAUGUGGAGCAUGAAAAUUUUAUGGGAUUACAUUUGGCAGAUCAGCAAUUUUUUGUGCUUUAGGGAACAAAAUAUUGACAAUCCAAGGUGGAAUUGAACAAAAAUUCAACAGUGAUAGAUAUUAUUUGCACUGCUUUUUUUGUUCAAACAGAACUUAAAUAGUCACUGUGACGGAAAUGUAAUAUUUUCAAGUUCUAGAACAUGUUGGGUUGCUGCAGCCUACCCAGAAAGUUAGAGAUGUAUUUAAUACUUAUUGUUUUAAUUACUAAUCAAAAAUUCUUUAAACUCUGUGAAAUCUUGGAAUCUAGAUGCCUUAAAGGACUGAUAAAACAAUGAAAUAAAAUUCAACAUGCUUCCCUCUGCCUUUCCUUAUUCCAGAGGAGUUUUCUCUUUUGGUUUUAGCAUGAAAAUCUUUGUUGAGCUAUGCCUAGUGAAAAUUUUUGGCAGACAUUUGUUUUUUUAGUUGAAGAAAACUUCAAA